CAACCCCCUCCGCCUGAUAUUACACUCCCCCCUGCCCCUCCGCCCCUCCUCUUCCGCUCGCUCGACGGCUCGAGCUUAAAACCCUAGAGCCGCUCCUCCUCCUCCUCCUCGCCUACCCCGAAACCCAAAUCCCCCCCAAGGCGGACGCGCCCGCAAAGGGUCGAGCGCGCUCAUGGCUCGCGUGUACGUGGGGAACCUGGAUCCGCGCGUGACGGCGCGGGAGAUCGAGGACGAGUUCCGCGUGUUUGGGGUUCUGAGGAGUGUAUGGGUUGCUAGAAAACCACCAGGUUUUGCCUUUAUUGACUUUGAUGACCGCAGGGAUGCAGAAGAUGCAAUUCGUGAUUUAGAUGGCAAGAAUGGAUGGAGGGUUGAGCUGUCAACCAAAGCUGGUAGUGGUCGUGGCCGAGAUCGUUCCGGUGGUUCUGACAUGAAGUGCUAUGAAUGUGGCGAACCUGGUCAUUUUGCACGUGAAUGCCGCUUACGGAUUGGUUCUGGAGGCCUUGGCAGUGGAAGACGCCGCAGCCGCAGCCGUAGCCGGAGUCCAAGGUACCGCGGUCGUAGUCGCAGCCGCAGCCCAAGAUACCGGAGGAGCCCAAGCUAUGGUAGAAGGAGUUACAGCCCACGGGAUCGUUCUCCAAAGAGGCGCAGCUACAGCAGGUCGCCACCACCAGCUCGUGCACGAAGCUACAGCCGAUCACCUCCACCUCCUCGUGAGCGAAGCUACAGCAGAUCACCAGCACAGCCAGCCAACCGCGAGGAGUCCCCCUACGCAAAUAACGCGUAACCCGCCUAGUUCCAAUUUGCUGGAAAUGUUAGGGGGGCUCGGUGUGUUUUUGUAAGCGCUUGUGUUAUGGAGUCUUGAAAAGCUAUAGGGAUUGAGUAUGUUCUUCGGAAGCAUUUGUGUACCCUUCGGGAAAAACCCCGCCGCUGCUGAUACAAUUGUUGAAGCAGGAGCCUAGCGUUUUGGUCGACUGUAUGACUUUGAGACCCCAUGUAGUCCGUAAGACUAAGUUUUGUACCAUUAGAUUUUUCACAUUGCUGGAAUAUUUGUGCUAAAUACUAGUAUUAUUAAUUAAUGUCUUUUGUA